CCGAGCGGCGAGGACGGGGCGGCGCAGGCCGGGGGCCCGUGGGAGGAGUGCUUCGAGGCAGCGGCGCAGCUGGCGCUGCGGGCUGGACAGCUUUGAGAAGAAGCCAGUUUAGAAUUCAGACACCACUGUGUAAACCCUGGUUUGGUUUCGGCUGGACUGUUUGGGCUUCCGAUCCAGGGGCACGUUCGUGUGACGGGUAAAGUGAUUGAGGAGAAGCGGUUCCUACACUGAAAUCUCCCGAGUUCAAGCUCGGGGGCUCCGUGGGGCUCCGUGGCUGAAGCUUCUCGUCCUUAGAACCACGUUUCUUUCCUCCAGAGAAAGACUGUUCCACCCAUGACCACCUUUCUCGCGAGAAGAAUCAUCAGGAAAGCCCUUUCUGAGGAAAAACGUGUCUCAACAAAAACGUCGGCCGCGGACCUGGUGACAGAAACAGAUCAUGUGGUGGAGGCUCUGAUCCUGCAGGAGCUGCAGCAGCGCUUUCCCUCCCACAGGUUCAUAGCAGAGGAGGCUGCAGCCGCUGGGGCCAAGUGCGUGCUUACCCCCAGCCCCACCUGGAUCGUCGACCCCAUUGAUGGCACCUGCAACUUCGUGCACAGGUUCCCGACAGUGGCAGUGAGCAUUGGGUUUGCUGUGAACCAGGAGCUGGAGUUCGGGGUGAUUUACCACUGCACCGAGGAGCGGCUGUACACAGGCCGGAGGGGCCGGGGCGCCUUCUGCAACGGCCAGCGACUGUGCGUCUCCGGGGAGACAGAUCUCUCCAAGGCCCUCGUUCUGACAGAAAUCGGGCCCAGACGAGACCCCACGACACUGAAGCUAUUCCUGAGCAACAUGGAGAGGCUGCUCCGUGCUGGGGCCCAUGGGGUCCGCGUCAUCGGCAGCUCCACCUUGGCGCUCUGCCACCUGGCCUCGGGCGCCGCCGAUGCCUACUACCAAUUUGGCCUGCACUGUUGGGACCUGGCUGCAGCCACUGUCAUCAUCAGGGAAGCAGGUGGCGUCGUGAUGGACACGUCAGGCGGGCCGCUAGACCUCAUGUCUUGCAGGGUGGUUGCUGCGGGCACACGGGAAAUGGCGGUGCUCAUAGCUCAGGCCCUACAGACGAUUAACUACGGGCGGGACGAUGAGAGGUGAGGGGAGCAGACAGGGCUGCCCCAGGACGGGGCCUUCCUGGGAACCUGGAGCAAGAGUUCCUGAUCCCCAAAGGAGCCAUCAGGCUGGAGUCCAGGCUGUCUGGCUGAGCCCACGUCUUGGUGACUUUGGUGUCCAGUGGUUCCUCUGUAAUAUCACAUAGCCUUGUGUGGGUUGGUCCAGCCCUCCUACCGGGGCCAAAACCCGGAUCUCACAGGACGUAUGUAUUGAUACUGCAAUUGCAAUUUUUUUCCAAGAAUGCAAAUCUCAGGUAAUAAGGGUUUCGAACAGCUGAUAAAGCAGACUUGCUCUCAGCGACCUCCCCCGCCUCUGCCCAUGGUACUUCAGAAUGCAAUAAACCAAAUGAUGACUCUC